CAUUUUUUGCAUUACCUGAAACGCUGUAGUUCUCUAACUUGUAGAGGAGUUUGGUAUGGUGAACCUGGUCAAAGGGCUUUGCUGAAAUAUAGGAUUGAUUGACGAUGCAACGUAACGCUCCGCACGUGUUCAAAGAGCAGCAACAGGGAUUUUUGCAUUACAAUCGUGCGCUUCCUCGAGCUAGAUCAAGAACCCUGAAACGGAGAUAUGACAAAAAUGGCAACAGUCGUCCGGGAAUGGUAGGAAAGAUUAAGUUUUAUAUCGUUGACUUUUUUAAAGCUCCACCUGAAAAAUACACUGCAGUUAAAACUGUGUUAGGAUUCCCGUUCGGUGCUGCAUUAGGUCUUAUCUUGUACCAUCUUGUUCUGGACUUCACAUGGCUUGAAGAAAGUACCCGCCAUUUUCUUGGGGGCGUAUUCGUUCUAGGAUUGGCAAGUGGAUAUGCACUUUCGGUUCAAGUAAGAUGCAUUACGUGUCUUUUGCUUCCUACAUUUUUCGGAAAAACAGGAAGGUCAUACAUUGCAACAUUUGCCGUUAUAUAUUUGAUAUCUGGGCCUAUCCACACCAUUAUUGUGAAUGGACACGAAGUAACAAGAUCUCUCGGCUGCACAACCGAAUUACUUGCCAACCACACGAAGGAACGCUGGAAAUUGGCCACGAGUCCAAUAGGAAAGGUAAUGGACGAGUUCCAGGAAGAAGGAAUGUUCAUUAACAAAGUCGUGAAGAGAAUAGAUGAGGAGUUUGGCCCGAUGAAGAAAGAGGUGAUGGAUAAUUCGGAAGAAGACAAAAUGAAGAAAAACACCGAAUACGUGGAUCGUACUUCUGGAAAUACACGGGGAAACAGGGCAAAGCAAAUUGAACAAAAUAACAAACCCGAUAAUUCAAAGGAAUAUAAAAAGGUGGAGAAUGAAUACAGGAAAAAGCUAGAAUAUCGGUGUCAAGAUGUGUGGAACCAAGGCGUCAUUAAAUGUCAAGAUAAAUUUAAAUCUAUGUACAGACAAUGUCGCGAUAAAAUCCCGAUCGUGGGUGGUCUCCUGUGCCUACCAUUUAAACUGUCCAUAGUAUGUGAGCUGGUGAGACUGGUGCCUGGGGUUUUGGGAAGUUCCUGUAACUCCAACGAAGCGGUGAGUCAAGGUUUUGGCGAGGUGUUUGUUGCUGCUAAAGAAAUGACUGUUGAAAUGGAUAACGAUUUCAAAGCUAAUCUACAGUACAAAGUAGUGAACACCCCCGAGGCGGUGGACGUUACGACAGCGGAAGAGGUUCGCAAAAAGACGCUUCACAAAUUCAAGAACAAGCAAGUUUGGCUGGAAUUUGGGUUGUCCUUGAUGCAGCGCUUAAUGGCAUUCACAUUUAUACUGGUAUUCAUCAGUGCUUACAAGUACAACAAGGCAUAUUUGACGGACAUUCGACACGAUAACAUGUACAUCACCUCAUACUUUCGUCAUAUUGACGCUCGGCGACAGAAGCUUUCUAAGACAAUCUUGCUUCCAUUGAAAAAAGUAGAAAGUGAUGCUUGUAUAUUUUUGACAAAUCCAAAGUUGAUGAAAGCAGAAAAAAAGAAGAUUGUGAAGGGAACAAUCAUGCUGGUGAUACGGGCGUUGAUAUUCACAGUGAUAAUCAUGUCUAGUGACCUGCUAUACAGUGUUCUCGACAUCAUUAGGCGUCACAGUCGCAUCGACUACCACCAGCAAGGGGAACACAUAGUUGACAUUGACAUCUUCGGCACCGGCUUCAUGUCCGAAAUCGUCAGGCUUUUCCUCAAGGCUUUCAGCCAUAACGAUAAAAUUGACAAUGUUUCUACCAAUUAUGAGUGUUUACCUCGGCCGGUGAAAAUGGAACAGAAAUAUGUUUUGCUGAUAUAUGGCACAUUUGGCGUCCUCUGGGUUUUAAUGCUUUUCGAAGCGUAUGGCCUCCGUCUCCGGCGACUAGUUGCCUCCGGAUUCUAUCGAAGUAGAGAGAAGAAAAGAGUGCUCUACCAGUAUAAUGACAUGCUGAAGAAGCGUCGGGGGUUCUUACGUCACAUGCGUCACCACAUUCGUAAACAAGUUAAGAAGAAAAAUCUGUUAGUUAAAUCAGGUCUAACCACUAGCCUACGAAAGGAGUUUCCACGGUUGUGUGGGUGGCUUAAAAUCUUCCAUUCAGGAAAACUUUCAUGCUUGAUCUGUGAAGACCCUGAAAGAAAGGAUUUCGUGCGCUGUCUGACACCGGGGUGUAACGUGGGCUACUGUAUGCUGUGUUGGUGUGACAUCAGAAAGCGCUGUUACUCCUGUAACCCAGGCAGGGCAGAGGCAGACGAUCUGAGUGAUCUGUCUGAUGACGGACACUCUGAUUCAGAUAGCAGUGACGUGUGAUUGGUUAAAGGCAGCUGUUUCAAUACCGAUAGGUAUGUCACCUAGAUCUAGUGUUAUCGUUAAGAACAUAUUAAAGUGUUCGUCUGGCCUAACAAUAUCAUAUAUGGAGUAUGACACUGACAGUGACGUUAUCGUGAUCUAAACAGGAUGUCGGUUGAGUGUGUAGAGCGCUGCAGUGUUGUUGUUGUUUUUUAAACCUCCAACGGCUUAUACUUGUGUUUCUGACAUGUUCGCUUCCUAUGGUCGUCUAACGUGGAAGCUUGAACACCAUCAUGUAUUUUACCAUGAAAAAAUCGUCAGAUUACAAGCUUGUGUUGGUAGCUUGAUAUGCGGCCAGUCAUUCUAAACGAGGUGAAAUGUAGGCCUCGAUUUGACGUCCAAAACAUGAACAAAUCUACCAAUUAAAACAACAGUCCAAUUAUCCGGUGGUGUUUUCCCCUUAAAGUCAUUAUGAUUAGAUAGCAAGAGCUGUCAAACAGAGACACACCCAAAACACUUCAGUAAAUAAAUCCAUGGCACUUUAGCCAAUGAAGGUUGGCAUUAUAUUGGUUGGCCUGCUUUGUCAGUGGUACGUGUUGGCAAUGCACGUAUGUGUCUACGGGGAAGUGGGUUUGUCUCCGCGCGAUUUAAUUUGUAUUUGGCGAAAUUCAUAAUAGGUUAAUUUCCUUUGUUCAGAAUACAUGUGUAGUCUCCUCUUUAUAAGAUUAGUCGCCCUCGUUAGACCUUUACCAACUUUUCGGUUGCCAUGUUCAUCUUCGUGGAAGUUUGUUCAAAGACACAUUAAAUAGCUCAUUUAGACCAUUUAACCCAUGGAAUGUUGCCACCUUAGUAGGUGAAGGGGCUCUAUAAACAAAUACCGUUAGUAAAGCUUACAGACGUUACACGAAUCGAAACCCGUCAUUUUCUCGUGUCACCGUGACCUGUACUAUGUAAUGCCGUCAGUCGUAUUCUCACAUGAACUGAAUAAUGACAUUCAAAACACAAUGACAAAUAUGUGAUAAAACAGUGUGAAUGUAGAUCACAGGCACUUUUGACUAAAAAUGAAAACAUCAAAACAAUAAUACACCAUUAAUGUGCUACGUAUUCAAGUGCGUAUAAAACUGCUACAAGUAGUGGAGAUAUUGAUCUUACUAGUCUCCCUCUUACGAAUAUAUAAUCAAUGAGGAGGUGAGGACUGUUCGGCGGAAGUCUAUAUAUCAGAAAUCUACUGUCAUUUAAAGGUCUUCCAUACUCGUUCCCUGAGGAAAAACUAAACUAGUGUCAUUGUAUACACAUACAACCAUUUUUACCCACUGCACAAAUUUUAGAAAACUUGUCCCAUUUUUGUUUCAGAGCCGUUAAAUCCUUUAAGCACCUUAUCACUAUUUGUAUAUGAAUUAAGCGGGGAAACAUGUUUUCUCUUACCGUAAGUGGCAACACUUCAACCUCACCAUUAGCUGACUUCAUGUUCAUGCAAUCAAAGGGUAUGAAUCGCAAAAAUCGAAUAGACUUAUGCUACCGUGAUUAAUUACCACUGGGUCUUGCCGGUCCCUGGUGGCAUAGUCCUUGGAUCAUAACUUGGAAAUUGUUGAGAUCCGCGCCCCGUAAUCCCAUGUAAAAUUGCUGGGCUUGAAGAGAUGAAUACAACCAUGCUUUCAGGAAUAGCUCAGGGUCUGACCCCACCCCAGGGUCACUUACGACACUGAAAUCAUUGACAUCUCCACCUUACACUUAACUUAAUCAUAUGACAUUAAGCAUUUUUGGUAGUUGUGAACUGGGAAUCAAUUGUUGUUUACACGAAAAAGGUAGCUCCUAUGGGGACUGAGGUUCAGAUGUUAGUAAAAACAGACGAACGAUACAUGGUUUAUGGGCCUGUUAUUAAUGGUCCUAACGAUAUACCAUGAUGAUUUCUAGGGAUGUUGCAUUCGCACUGUCAAUGCUGAUUUUAACCAAAUCCCGGGGAAGAAGCAGGAGAAAGAGUAAAACAUUGUGUAGGUGUAGACAAGGAAAUUCUGACCUGGUGUGUAUAAUUGUUUGUCUCUGCGAGCUUUGGUUCCAGCACAACAUUGUGUAGGUGUAGACACUGAAAUUCUGACCUGGUGUGUAUAAUUGUUUGUCUCUGCAGCUUUGGUUCCAGCACAACAUUGUGCAGGUGUAGACAAGGAAAUUCUGACCUGGUGUGUAUAACUGUUUGUCUCUGCGAGCUUUGGUUCCAGCACAACAUUGUGUAGGUGUAGACACUGAAAUUCUGACCUGGUGUGUAAAAUUGUUUGUCUCUGCAGCUUUGGUUCCAGCACAACAUUGUGUAGGUGUAAGACAAGGAAAUUCUGACCUGGUGUGUAUAACUGUUUGUCUCUGCGAGCUUUGGUUCCAGCACAACAUUGUGUAGGUGUAGACAAGGAAAUUCUGACCUCACAAUAUGACAAGGGUGUAUUCACUGCAUUGGGUAGUCACGUGAUAAACACAAAUUUGACUGACGCCGACGGAAAUAACUGGCAGGUUACCAUUAUACAACUGGACUAAAACACAGCUAAAACAGUUUUUUUUAGUUAACUAUUGUAUUCAGCAUUAUUUUAUGAAACUGACAUAAAACACCUCCAUUAAAUAAAAGUCACAUCUCCUGCAAGUUUACAAAGUAUAAGUAUGUAGUUCUCUGACCUUCAACAUAGAGGUCAACAUGGAUAAACAAAUACAAUUAUAUUCUUACAAUAAUAAUUGUCACCUGGACAUGGUUUAUGAAGAAUAAAAUGUAAAAUAUUGAAAAUAACACAAUUUUUUUUCUUUGAUAAAAUGUUACAUUGCUACAUUUCACAAAGAUAUAUUACACACACACGUCUUACAUGUCCAUUUUACCUUGUCCUAGUCACCAUUGAUUCACCUGUAAAAUGUAUUUAGUGUGUACCUAUGUGAUGUCACAGUAAGGUAGCAUAUAUCACUCUUAUUGAAUUUAUACUUACAUUAAGAUGUUUCAGUUAGGUAGCAUACACUAAUAUCAAUUUCAUUUAAUACAAGAAGAAGAAGCCACCUGUAUGUAUACCACUGUAUAAUGUAUUUCAGAGAGUGCAGGAUUGCAGCAGAACUGAGCACCUAACAGCCGAAGGAAAGUAAAUCUGGUAAAUAACUUGUAGUACAUGUAUUAUUAUAAAAUAUACUACAGACCUAGUUUCAUGGUGUAUAAACUAACACAAUUUCUACUCGCUAUCAAGCACUAUACACCUAGUUUCAUGGUGUAUAAACUAACAAAAUUUCUUUUCACUAUCAAGUACUAUACACACCCAGUUUCAUGGUGUUGGUUGAGUUGGGUUGCUCUUUACAAUUUUUGAUAGAUCAGUGAAAACAAGAUACAUUGAUUUCUGCCAAAAUUAUUUGUGACAAUGAUGGUAGACAUAAACAUCGAAUAUUUGGUACCAAAUAUCAUGGUAAAGAAACUUACACUUAUAAACAUAUUGUUUGACAAAGAAAGAAUGGCAACUGUGAGUUUACUUUUUGUCUGAGGUUCUUAAUGUCAUCAGUGAAUUCCUAUGUUCAGCUUUAUUAUCUGUGGUAGACAAGGAGUUAUCAAAAAUGUUCAGAGUGUGUAUGGAACCUCUCAAACUGGAAGAAAAAUCUCAAGUGAUGUUAGCUCAAUGGGAAACUCAAAGUUGAAAGCGUGACCUGGUCUGAAAAAAUAACAAUAGUGAUAAUAAUCAUGGACCCAAUAUAAUGUACAUAUCUUAGACAAGAAACAAUAACAAAACAAGCUGUUAGUUUGUUUGUGUGUUUAAAAAGAAAACAAGAGAUCCAAUGGGCCUGUAUUGAUCAACUGUACUUCAUCUCACAUCAUUGACCUUCAAACUGAGUCAAUGUAAGUUUAUCUGAACACAGGCAUGCUAAAUAUCACUUCUCCACAGGUGAGUAUUGCUCUUCACCUGAAUGUUUGCUUGAUUUAACUUAUUUUACUCAUGUGACUUUGGAAAUAUGGUAAAGAUUAUUCGUUUGAACAAACUUGAUAUUUCUUAAUCCUAGCAUGCUACAAGAAAAAAGUUAUGACCAUAGGCCUUCUAGGUUAUUCAGAAAAGGCUAUUUAAAGGUUUUAACACAACUGACUCCUGUGACUUUGUUAGUGGGUCAAGGUCUUUAAUUGGAAUAAACUUGGUUGUUCAUUAUCUGAGAAUGUAACAGGCCAAAUAUCAUGACCCUUGCUCUUGGUUAUUUGAACAAGAGGCCCAUGGGCCUUAACGGUCACCUGAUA